AUGAAAUACAUAGCAAAAAGAUUUCCAGAGGUGCAGAAUAAAUGUCAAGAAGCAACAAAUAAUGAGCAGGCAAGCUUCGUCCGAACCAAUGCUGAGCUGCAACCGAGCCGCAGCUUCAUCCCGUUCAGCCGCAAGCCGCUCCUGAAAUCCAUCGCGACCAUCCAACAACAUGCCGCUCAGGAACCUCCCGGCCGGCGUUCUCGGCUCGAGAGGCGCUGCCAAGCCUCCAAACUGACACCUGCUAGAUGCUACAAUCGGCAACGGCCUCCGAUCGAAGCGAUUCUGGAAAGCGAUUGGGCGGCGGAUAUAUCCGGCGGGCAAGGUUGGGAAUUCGGGUUUGAAGUAGGAAAAGCAGAAGUCCAUUAA